GUGAUUCCUAUGGAAAGUGCUGGAGAGCUGGGAGUGGCCUGAUCUAAAUGGCUCAAUCAGAAACUGGUGACAGAAGUCUGGCCACAGGGUACAAUAAAGUUCCAGACUUGACCAGCCUCCUUCACUGUCCAAGCACCUCUUCGGAAGUGAUGACACUACGAAGCUCCGUCUCAGUUUCUGUCUGCAUAACAAUCUUCUUCCACCAGUGUGCAAAAGUAGUCACAGUGUCUCCACCAGAUGCCCCCAUGGCCUCGGGGCUGUGGCUGUGCCAGCCUGCCCCCAGGUGUGGGGACCAGCUCUAUAACCCCUUGGAGCAAUGCUGUGAUGACGACACCAUCCUGCCUCUGAAUCGGACUCGCCUUUGUGGCCCCAACUGCACCUUCUGGCCCUGCUUUGAACUCUGCUGUCCUGAGUCCUUUGGCCCCCAGAAGUUUGUCGUGAAGUUGAAGGUCCUGGGCGUCAAGUCCCGGUGCUUCUCGUCCCCGAUCUCUAGAAACUGCCCCAGCAAACCUCACUUAAAAUGGAGUCAGAAGCCCAGAAGGGGAAGCUUUCUCGGUAUAACACAUAUAACCCUUUGCAGAACCAACCAGAAGAAGCCUACAUGACUACCUCAGCAAGAGGAAGAUUCUGUCCUUGGCAAGAAGAAGCCAUUACAACGAGAAGCCAUUACACGCAGAACUCCCAGUGAACGCCAAUGGGCUUUU